AUGUUGCUAAUUUUUUAUUUAUUGAUAGAACACAUAUUUGCUUAGAUAGGAUCACUUGAAUUAUUCCCCACAAUUAAUACAAUACAAGCAUCAACAACUUAUGAAUUAAAAUUUUUAUUGCAAUAGCAAAUGCCAACCAAUUCAAUAAUUACCAUUGAUUUUACAAAUACAAAUAUUAUAGUGGCCGAUGGAGCACUAACUAAAUGCACUGGAUCUAUAUAUUUUACUUCAGUUAGCACAGAUUAUACAUGUAUAAUUUAUAAGUAUAUAAAGAAUGCACAUGUACAUCCAAAAAAUGCACAAUUACAAUAUCAUAAAGUGUAGCUUCUGCUUCAUUAUAUUUGUUGAAAUUUGGACAGUUAACAAAUCCAAGUUUUGUAAAACCUUAAUAAGUGUAAUUGACAAUAGAUUUAGUGAACAACAAGUAAACACAAUAAUAUACAGUUGAUGUAUAUUAAGCUGGAGAUCUCUCUUUAACAUAACUUACAUAAUCAUCAUUUAAAGUAUUUGAUUUGAAUGACAUUAAAUUGACUGUUUAGAGUUAACAUAGUAUAGAAUAAAAUGGGCAAUUAAUAAUAACUUUCCCUUCAUAAAUUUAAUUUAGCAAACUCUUAGUCAAUGUUGAAGUUAAUUCAAAUAAUCAUACUGGUACUGUAUCAAUAUCAGGAUAAUCAGUUACUAUAACAAAUAUAUUUUAAACAUAAGUUGAUGCAGCAGCAUAAUUUAUUAUAUAGUAAUGAUAUCUCCUAUUUUAAUAGCUUGUUAAAUGUCUAAAAUUAAGAAUCUGUUAGGAAUAGUAAUUAAAUACUUAUUUAGACUGCUACUUAAUUUGCAUAUUUGAUUGAUUCAUUAGGUUUUUAAAUAUAAACAAAAACACCUGAAAAUAUUUAGAUUAAUUUUCUUAAUACUUAGAACACAUAAACAGUAAACUAAAUUGCUACAUUUUAAUUUACUUUAUAGCCAGUUCUUAAAUUUACAAAUGGAGGUUAUUUAGAGAUUAAAUUUCCUUCUGAACUCAAAAUUUAAUCAAAUAUGAGUUGUUUAAGAAUUAUUGGUCUAACUACUGUGAGUGGUACAAGUUAUUCUUGUGGAUAUACAGGAUAAAAUGUAAGAACUUACAAUUUGUAAUAUCCUAAUUCUGCUAAUUCAAUGAUACUUACAGUGAGUAAUAUUAAAAACCCAUCUUCUACAAAACCAACUUCAUCUUUUGAAUUUAGAACUUAUGAUUCAGAUGGAUAUCUAAUGUGUGUUUCUAGUUCUGAGGCUAAAUUCACGGCAACAAAUGAUAAAUUAAUUGCUAGUGUUACCAGAACUAUAACUACUGUUGCUAUGUAAUCUCAAUAUAGUAUAACAAUAAAUAAUACAAAUCCUGUCCCUAAAAAUGGUUAUAUAAAUAUUGAUUUAGGAACUUAAGCUAUAAAAUAAACAAUUUAAUAAUUAAAAUGUUUAGAUUAAUCUAAUAUUUAAAUUGAUUGUUAAUUUUUGAAUGACAAGAAAAUAUCAAUUUAAUUGACUACAGAAUUACAAGCUUACACAAUAACAACUAUAGUAUUAUAAUAUUUAAACAAUCCUAAUUUUGUUAUUACAACUACAUCAGAUUUUUAAGUUGAUACUUUAGAUGAUACUAAUUAUUUAAUUGAUUAGUUAUAAAAUGUAGAAAUUAAACCAUUACUUACUCCUAACACAAUUUUAUCUAUUGUUUAUUAUAGAAACAAUGAUAAAUUAGCUGAAUAAUCUAUUAUAGAUAUUGGUUCAAUUACAUAAAUAAAUCUCUAAUUCUAAAUUACAUCAUAAUAUGUAAUUGAAAAUGAUGGAAAUGCUAUAAUUGAUUUAAAAGGUUAUUAUUAUCUGAAUCCUGAUGAAACAAUAACAUGCACAUAAAUUAUUGAUAGUAAUUCUUACUCUAAAAAUUGUGAAAUUUUAUCCUAUAUUUUUUAAACAGAUCCAAAAAUCAAUUACAUUUCUAAAGUAAAAAUUCCAAAUAUUAUUGUAAAUGGAAAUAAUAUCAUUAAUAUAAUAAUUGCUGGAUUUAGAUCUGAAUUAUAUUCUGGAUAAUUUACUCAUCAAUUAACUGUUCAAGUUUAUACAUUAAGCAAUUAAUUGGUGUCUACAGGCUAUAAUGAAUUAGGGAAUACAUAAAUUAUAAAUAAAGUUGUUUAAUUGAAUUAAUUAUCUAUUAAAGCUGAUUCACAAAUAACUGGUAAAUUAACAUAAUAUACAAUUAAACAUACUCUUAAAUAUCCUAUAGAUAUAAAGUCUAGAAAUUCUUAUCUUGAAUUAAUAUUACCAUAAGAUUUAGGAGUGGAUAAUUUGAAUAGUUGUUUAGUAACAUUAAAUUCAAAUACACUAGAAUGUGUCAUUAAUUCAAACAGUAUUUCUAUUUUUUCUAUUAUAAAUCCCUAUUAAUUGGAUUAAGAUUUGAUAAUCACAUUAAAUUAAAUUAGAAAUCCUUAUUCUACUGCAUUAACUAAUAAUUUUUAAUUAUAGUAUUAUUAUAAUAAUAUUGUUUCAAUAUAGAGCACCCAAAAUUAUUAAGUAAACCAACCAAAUGAAUUAUAAGUUUAAAUUGAUAGAACAGUUAAGUUAGUCAAUUAAAACUCUUAAUUUAUAGUAUCAAUGACAUUAAUGAAUUAAGUGUAAAACUUAAUGUAUUUAAUGAGAUUACCUACAGAUUAAUAUAUUCCUGAUUAAAUUUCUAUAAAAUAAGGUGAUAAACUUUUAGCUGCUUUAAUUGAUUCAACUGACAAUGAUUUUAUAAGUAUAAAAUUCAAAGAGGAUUUAUGUCCUUGUUAGAAUGGGUAGUAAUUAAGCUUUAGUAUAACUGGCUUCCGAAAUCCUUUAGCAUCAUCUAAUAGUGUUGCUUAAUUGUAACUUUUAGAUGAAUAAAAUAAUGUAUAUGAAGAGAAUAAAUCAAUUUAAUUUCCGCAAAUCGAAUCAGGAAAGAUUGCUAUUACAUCAAUUUCAUAAAGUGCUCAAUAGUUGAACUAAUAAAAUAUUAUAACCAUUACUAUUACUAAUGAUACUCCUUAUAUUAAUUCUAUUCUAAUUAUUGAAUUUAAUCCAGAUAAUUUACCUUUCAUACAGAAUAAUAAUAUUAUAAUUACUUUAAAUAAUAAUUAGAUAUCAUUCACUAUUGAUUAAUCUAAAUAUUAAAUUACAUGUUAGAAUGUAGAACUAAAAGCAACUAACACAAUAAAAAUAUCAAAUAUUAAUUCAAUAAAAUGGCUUAGAGCUACAAAUUAAUGUCAUAUAUCAAUAUCAUCAUAUGCAGGUAACUAAUUACUUGAUACAAUUUCUUAAGUGAAUUGCAAUUCAUUAAUGAAUUUUCCAAUAUAAAAUUUUGAUUCAAGUAUUUAAAGAUCUAUAAGAAUUCUAAAUUAAAAUACAGAUUUAAAUGUUUAAUUUAAUCAUGAAACAUCAAAAUUUAUAACAAUAAAGUUACCCCUUAAUGAAAUAGUUAAUGAUCCAUCCUUCAAUUAUGAUAAUAAAUUAAUAUUGAAAUCAUAAGUUACAACUGAUUCCAAGUAUUUAAUAUUGUCCUUUUAGUUUGAUAACACAAACAUAAUUAAUUAAAUUAAUUUUAAUUUAUUAAGCUUAUAAAAUGCUAAUGCAAUACCAUAAUCAUAAAUAAAUUAUAUCAUAGAAUUAUCAAUAGAUGGAUCAACUAUAAGUUAUCAAAGUAAUAAUUAUAUUACUCCUGAAUUGAUUUGCUAAGGUUCCUAAUGUUCAAAUUAAUAAUUAAUAAUUUAAUCAUUUAGUAAGAGUACUUCAUUAAUCUCUUCUUCAACUGAUGUAAAUAUUAAUAUACAACUUCCUUCUGAAUUGAAAUAUUUAACACUUUUAGAAUUAUAGAUGACAGAAACUUCUAUAACAGGAUAAUCAAUUUGUUACUUAAAUAAUACUCUUGUCAACUGCCAAAAAUUAUUGAGGGAUCAAUGUACAUUGUGUGAUCAAACAUAGAUUUAAUUAACACUGAAAAAUUUGGUUAAUGCUGAUCAAUAUAAUUAAUUAGAGAAGAUAUGUAUAAACAUUUAAACAGAAUAUGAAUAAAUUUCAACAUGCUCUAGUUUUUAAUUAGAUUAUAAUUAUUUAUUAGAUGUUAAAAAUAUAAAUUGGAAUUAGAAUACAUUUUAUAGUAAGAAUGCACAAUUAGAAUUUGAUGUAUUAUUCUCAUCACCUUUAAAUAAUAAAUACUAGAAUUAUUUGAGCUUUACAAAUCCUAAUGAUUAGAUUGAUUUCAAUAAUAUUAAAGUUACAUUUAAUGAUAAUCUAAUUGAUAGUACUUAUUAAAAUAAUUUAUUAAAUUUACAUAUAUGUGAAUAAGGUUGUUAAUAAAAUACAAAAUACAAAAUUUAAAUAUCUUAAAUUUAAUUCAAAGAUUAUAAAUAUUCAAAAAAUGAUUAAAUUAUAUUUAAAUUGAUUAGAGCAAAUUAAUAAUUAGAAUAAUCAAGUAAUUUACAAAUAUAUCCAAUAACACUCAAUAUUAACUAAAUUACUGUGACUGCUACAGCUUUAGAUUAUGUAUAAUUAAGUUAUUAAUUAACUACUUUAGUUCCAUAUUAAAGUUAAUCAAUCAUAAAAUUUAAGUUUCAUAAUAAUAAUUGUUUUUCAUAAGGAAAGAUAGAGGCAAUUCAUAAUUCAACAUGUUCUUUAAAAAAUAAUGCAUUAGUACAAGUUUAACUAAUAUAUAAUAAUUAAAUUACUCAUCAAAGCAAUGAAAUGAUUAUGUUGAAUGUAGCAUCUGAAAAUUGUCCAACUCCAUAUUUCAUUUAUUAGGAUAGUUGUUAUUUAAAAUGUCCAGGUUAAACAUAUUAAGAAGAAAAUACUUGCUAAUAAUGUGCUUAUGAAAAUUGUCAAACUUGCAAUAAAUCAGAAUGCUUAUAAUGUAAAUUAAAUUAUUAAUUGAAAAAUAACAUAUGUGAAUAAAUAUGUUAUGUAGAUAAUUGUUAGUAAUGUAGUUUUAGUGAAACUACUUAAAAUUGUAUUUCAUGUGUAGCACCCUUUGAAUUGUAUCAAAAUUAAUGCAGAAUUUCAAAUGAUUGUUAAAUUGAGAAUUGUUCUGUUUGUUAGAUAAAAAAUUAAUAACUUAAUUGUAUUUAAUGCAAUCCAGAUAAAUAUAAAUAUAAAACUAAUUGUUUAGAUACUUGUCCAACUGGUUAUUAUAAUAAUGAAAAUAAUGAUUGUGUAAUUUGUUCAUAAGGGUGUAAUUAAUGUAAUUCUUAAGAAUGUUUAGAAUGUUAAAAUCAGUAUAAUUUGACAAAUAAUACAUGUCUAUGUAAAAUUGAAGGAUGUUAAAUUUGCAAUUCAAUUGAUGUAUGUGAUAAAUGUAAUGAAGAAUUUGGUAUAAAUUUUAUGAAUAAAUGUCUUAAGAAUUGUCCUUCAGAUUAUUAUGAAAAAAACAAAACAUGUUUAUAAUGUAAUUCUGAAUGUAAAACAUGUGAUAUUAAUGGAUGUAUUUCAUGCAAAGAAAAUUAUUAUUUGGAAGGUACUAAAUGCAUUCUUAAAUAAUGUACUAGUAAUUGUUUAAGCUGUGAUAAUAAUUAAACUUGUAAUGAAUGCUCUUCUGGAUAUUAAGUUGAUGACAAACUAACUUGUGUUCAAAUAUAAAGUUAACCAUAUUUUGGAGUGGCCUCAAGUGUAUUAUUAGCUAUAUUUGGCCUUGCAAUUUGCUAUUAAGUUAUUUCAUUAAUUUCACCUCCAAAACUACCUAUAUUUCCAUAAGUAAUUCUUUCAUCAAUUUUGGCAUUUUCAUUUCUAUAAACUAUAAGUAAUUGUAUUCUAUUAUUGUAUGCGUACAUCAACUAAAUUUAAAUAGAAUUCAUCUUAGCUUCAAUUCUUUUCAGCAUAAACAAUAUAUAUUACUCUUAGACCUAUAAUAGUAUGAAUAAUCCAUUUUUAUCAUUUAUUACAUCUGGAACAUGGGCUAGAAUUCCAUUAAUUAAAUUUAAAUUUUUAAGCAAAUAGAAUCCUUAAUAAUAUACAAACUAUUCACUCAUUAGACAAAUAGAUAAGUAUAAUCACAUAAUAACAAAUUCUUUAUCAAUUAUUAUUGAUGUUAUAGUGAUUUCAUUAUAGAAUACAAGUGAAAUUCCUUAUAUUGGAUGCAUAAAAUUAUUCAUAGAUUUCAUUUUAGUAUGUAGUUUUACAUUAGAACACAGAUUAAUCUGA